UUUAUUGUAGUUCGAUUCAACAAAAAAUGUUAAAGAUACGGAGACUACUGAUACUUUGUGGGAUUGUGUUUUAUGCAGAAGGUACCCGUGUGUGUCCCGAAGCAACAAAAGCACAUUUAACGCGAUGUGACAUGUACUACAAAUGUUCGGUCAUGAAAUCGGAUAACAUUAUUUGGCUGGCGCAAAAUUGCCCAAAUGGAUUAGUUUAUGAUUCAAAUUAUGGAAAUUGUGUUUUGCCCGGUGAUGAUUGGGAAUGUCAAUUGGAUACAGAAAGUCGAUCGUCGUCGAGAGCUGAUGACGAUAAUGUGUACGGUGUGAACAAUUUGAGUUAUUUGAAAGAUCAAAUCAAAGGAUAUGAAACGGAAGUUGAUGGAGAUGGUGAUGAGACUCGUGAAAGUACCGAGGGAGAAGAACUGACUGAUGAUAAUGAAGAUGUUCUGAUAACGAUGUCCAACAAUGGAACAGUGUCAUUUGAAUCUGGUCCAACUUCAAAUUCAAGUGAAAAUGAAUUUGAGUCAAGCGGUGAUGGUGAAGAUGAGGAUGAAUUGGAAAAUAAAUCGACCUACAUUCCCAUACCAAAUAAUUCCGAUGGAUUGGUUUCAUCACAAUUGCAGCGGCUAUCGCAGUUGGUUCGAAAAGUAAAUAACAAUCAAAAUGACGAUCUUACAACCGAUGAUUUGAAUCAAUAUUUGUCACUGCAUAAAUUAGUUCAUCAAAAAUUCCCGAGCCAUACAAAAGCCGAGAGGGUGCCUCACAAUAAAUUGAUUGAAGAUCAUCAUUUGAAGCAAAUAUUGGAUUUGCAGAAAAAAUUGAACAAUUUGGGCAAUACACGGAAUACAUAUUCAACACCACCGACUCCGGUAAAGGUCACUGUAAAUGGCAAUGGGGUUUAUCCAGCCGAUGCGACAACUGUUCAUAUCAAAGCAACGAAUGCACUGAAACAUCCUCGGUUUCCAGAUGCUGGCUAUUCAUCGUCACAAAUUGUUGUGAAUCGACCCGGUGGAUCAGUUGUGUUCCGGUUGCCACAUUCAGGCUCCUCACAAAAGGAGCCAACCAACAAAAAGAAACAAGAAAGUCAAAUCAGUGAAGAGACGUUAAAAACUCUAUUGGAGCUGACAAAGCACAUGACGAAUCAAGCGCCAAAUACACCGAAUUUCGUACACUCCUUGCCUUCCGCCACAAAUGGCGAUUAUGCACAACCAAUAAUUCAACCAGUUCUGUACAAUUUCCCAUGGGAUCAAAUGUCAUUAGCUUCGCUAUUUGAAAUUUUAAAUUCGAAAAAGGGAAACAUAGUACAAAAUGAAAAAAAAGGUGAGUCCAUGGAGAAAAUUGCGUCCACAAGUUUCAGUGUUCCAACUACACCAAACGCGGCCAGCGAACCGGAUGAUACGAGUCAAACGACAAUUGUUCACAAUCACAUUCCAAUUACGAUAGCUCACCCGAGUCCAACGAAUUCGAUAAUUAAUCGCUUCCAGCCAGUAACAACGACCGCGCGACCAUUUCAAGAUCGAUAUGAUAGCUAUGGUUAUAAGAAACCGGCGGAACAUACCGAUUUGAAAAAUUAUUAUUCUUAUCCUCCCUAUUCAGAGAAUUUACACAAAGACCCAGUUAUGCAGCAAAUUCCAUCGGCUAGUGGAACCAUGUAUAAAUCACCAUUUUCAACGCAACCAACCGCUUAUGAUGCGAAUGUAGAGCAACCGCAAUACAUACAAAUCGCUCAAUCACGACCCGAUAACUAUAUUCCUGUGUAUCCAUCAAGUAAUGUGAUUGAGAUUGAUGGAAUGCGACCUAUUCCAACGUUUGCAUCGGUCAAUGGUGGUUACACACGAAAAUUCUACUCCACAUACGCACCGCAACCACAUUUGAGCGAAAAUAAUGUAAACAAAGUGGUGCACAUCAACCAAAAACCAUAUCCAACAAUGCGACCAGCAGUGAAUUAUGUCCCUAUAGCAACUGCUUCAAGUCCGACUCCAAGCUAUGCCGAGCUUCCACCGGAAUACGGGCCAGUUCAAAAGCAUCCAAAUAUUGCUGAUAAAAUCGAUCAGUUCAUCGAUGCAAAUGAAAAUGACGAUGAUGCCGCCGACGGCGGCGGUGGUGGUGGCGAUAAUGAACGAUAUGAAAACAAUGACGAAUAUGUGAACACAAAUGUAGAGCAAAGCAGUAAUGAAAACGUGAUGAAUCUCUUAGCAAAUUACAAUUCACGACUUAAAUCCAAUUCAAUGGAGAGCAUCACCAACAUGGAUGAUACGCAAAGUGUUAGCGAUGAAAAGAAAUCGACACACAAAUACAAAACGAAUCAAAGCCAAGGCAACCACAAACAGUUUGUGAAUUUAAAUGGGAAUUUCAUGAGUUUGGAAACAUACCAACAAACAAUUGAACCAUAUUUACAGAAGAAUUCAAUUAUUGACUCACAAAUCGAAGUGCUGACAUGUGCAACUGGUGUGCGACAGGCCAACAGCUCCGAUUGCACACGGUAUUUUGUGUGCAAUGAAAAAACUGGCAAAGUGUUAAGCUAUCCAUGUCCACCAUACACCGCAUUCAAUGGUGAUACGAAAAUUUGCAAUGCAGAAACAUAUGCGCGUUGCUUUUCGGGCAGCUCAACGAAAAACCAUGAAAAACUUGCCCAGGGAAGUUUGCAGAUGUCAAUUUUAGAGGCGAAUCGCAUCAAAGCCGAAGCAGUGAAAGCACAACAGCUUGCCCAUUUGAUCAAAUUGGAAACGGAUAAAAUUUUAAGUGCAGCACAUCAAGUGCGGUACAAACAACAGAUGCCAAAUGGUGGAAAAUCCACCGUUCAAGUGAUUCCUCCCACUCGACCCUCUCAAAUCAUCCAACAACGACCCAAUCAAAUACCACAACAGCAACCGCAUCGCAAACAACAAAUAAUUCAAACUAACAAAAUCACGCCACAGAAAUCAACCGUCAAAAAUACAACACUACGAGUGAAGAAACCACAAGGCAAACGCAAAAUUCCAUGCCGAACUGAAGGGAAAUUAGUGGAUAAUUUGUCACAACAUCAUUAUUUCUUAUGUUUCAAAGAUCCAACGCAGGUAAUGCGCGCUCGAAGACUACAUUGCCCAGCGAAAUUAAUAUUUUGUCCCAGCACUUUGGUUUGUACCGCCACCGAACGAUGCCCGAACAAGUUUAAUCGAAUGUGAAACAUACAAGACAGAUAAACAUGGAAUUUAGCGAUAAAAAAAAUCGACGUUGAAACGUAUAAAAACGAUCAAGACCAACGUUUUAAAACGACACAAUCGAAAAACUCCGAAACAAACAUGAAUCAUUCCAAAUUGAACAUUGAAUUUUAAAAUAAGAGAGAAAACGUUAAUUUAUUGAAUCAAGAGAUAAAAUGUUUGGUUUUU